CGCAAGUAACAUUUCUUUAGUAGUUGAUUCUUUGUAGUACUCUGUUUAAAAACUGGAAGAUAAAGAAGAAAACUUAUAAUUUAUAGCAGAACAUGGCUGUUAUUAACCAAGACGAUGUUCUCCGACUAGAAUUGGAGUCCGUGAUCGGAUUUAACGGACAAGUUCCAUCAGGUCUGAUUGUCCAUCCUGAUAGAGAAGCUCUCAUCUAUCCACUUGGGUGUACAGUGAUCAUACAGAACAUCAGCAGUAGGAUGCAAUACUUUCUGCAUGGACAUACUAACAAUGUCUCCUGUGUGGCUGUGUCCAAAAGUGGCCAGUAUGUUGCUUCAGGACAGGUUAUCUAUCUUGGUUUCAGAGCAGAUAUCAUCAUCUGGGAUUACAAAAAGAGGGAAAUGUAUGCAAGACUGAGUCUCCAUAAAGCAAAAGUCGAAGCCUUGGCAUUCUCACCAAAUGAUAUGUACUUGAUAUCACUUGGUGGUCAGGAUGAUGGCAGUGCUGUGAUGUGGAACAUAGCAAGUAAGGAAGCUAUCUGUGGUAGUUCUGCUUCAGCUGCCAGUGCAGGAAAUACUCUAACGGUGACAUUCUCAAAUCACAGUGAUGAUUGCUUCAUCACUGCAGGGAAUGGCACACUUCGAGUCUGGGAGCUUGACAUACCAAACCGGAAAAUUCGUCCGACUGAUUGUCAGUUGGGGCAGGUGAAACGAAUAGUGAAAUGUAUCGCUGUAUCUGAAGAUGACAGUUUCUUCUACUGUGGCACAACUACUGGUGACAUUCUAAAAGUCAAUUUGAAAUCUAAGCUGCUGAGCAGCUAUGGGCCUCAGAAAGAGAAAUAUAGUCUAGGUGUCACAGCACUUCAGAUACUAAAAACAGGAGAUCUUCUUGUUGGGUCAGGAGAUGGCAUUGUGUCUUUGUGCAAGGAAUCCAACUAUAAAGCAAUCAAGAGAGUCAAGCUGGAUGGUGCUAUAACUUCCAUAAGUCUUCGAGGUCAAGGACAUCAGUUCUUUAUUGGCACAGGCUUGUCGCAGAUAUACAGAUUCAACUAUACAGAGUUCAAAGAAGAGCUUAUCACAACAUGCCACAGUGAAGCUGUCAAUGAUAUAACAUUUCCUCUUGGAUCGUCUGAACUGUUUGCUACUUGUUCAAAGAAUGACAUCCGUGUAUGGCACACUGAGACCAGUAAAGAGUUGCUGCGCAUCACUGUCCCAAACAUGACAUGCCAUGCUAUUGAAUUUAUAGCAGAUGGCAAAAGUAUUAUCAGUGCUUGGAAUGAUGGAAAGAUCCGUGCUUUCACUCCUGAAAGUGGUCGCCCAAUGUAUACCAUAAAUAAUGCACACAGUAUGGGAGUAACUGCUGUUGCUACUACAAGUGACUCCAGAAAGAUAAUCAGUGGAGGUGGAGAAGGGCAGAUAAGAGUGUGGGAGAUAAGCCAAAAUGCCCACAGACUGAUGGAAUCAAUGAAGGAACACAAAUCAUCUGUGUCAUGCAUUAAAGUGAAGAAUAAUAAUAAAGAAUGUGUGAGUGCAAGCUCCGAUGGAACCUGUGUCAUCUGGGAUAUUGAGCGUUUUGUUAGAAACCAGAUGGUGCUGGCUAACACUUUAUUCCGGUGUGUAUGUUACCAUCCUGAAGAAUUCCAGAUCAUCACCAGUGGAACAGAUAGAAAGAUUGCAUAUUGGGAGGUGUUUGAUGGCUCUGCAAUUCGAGACCUUGAAGGGUCUUCAUCAGGCUCAAUAAACGGAAUGGAUAUUUCACCUGAUGGGGCAUAUUUUACUACAGGUGGUGAUGAUAAGCUUGUUAAAGUAUGGGGCUACAAUGAAGGUGAGGUAACACAUGUUGGAACAGGCCACAGCGGCAAUAUAACAUGCCUGAAGAUCUGCCCAAAUUCCCGGUUCAUCGUCAGUGUGAGUUCAGAUGGUGCCAUUCUGAGAUGGAAAUAUCCACAUCCCAACUAUAUGCAGUAAAGUAAUCCAAGACCAGAAUAUUUCAACUUCACUGCUUUUUACAGAAACAAUACUUGUGCAAUAAGAUCUAUGCAGAAUUGAGAAGAUGCUCUGAUGCAGAAGAAUUAUUCUCCCUUGGAUGAGAGCAAUUUUAAACCAGUUUCGGACCAGGUGGAUCAAGCCUGAACAGAAGAACUAAAUAUGAAAAUAAUCUGUUGUAUUAUUUUCACAAGUUACCUGUUACACAGUUGUGUAUGUCUGUCCAUGUAGUAUGGCAGGUCAAGAAAUGAAAAUUUGAGUAACUACUACUGCUUAUUGAAAAGCCUUGUUUUGUACACUGUUUAUUCCCAAAGUACAUGCUAUUUUAAUUGUCAUUAUUUGUUUCUUUCCUUUAUAUUUCAUAUAUUGUUUCUCAUGUAUAUUAGCUCAUUGCACACAACACACAAGCUCUGGAAUUUUUAUUCUAAUGGGCUACGUAUAUGGGACAGUAGAUGACAUCAGUACCACUUACAGUAGAUAUUUAAAUUGAAGUUAAAGGACAUGUAAACAAGCAGUAUGCAGGUAUUCUUGGAUAACACAGAACAUACAUAUAUAGACAAACCUGCACCCCCUAAAGACACGCACACACACACACACACACACACACACACACACACACACACACACACACACACACACACACACACACACACACACACACAAAAAUACACCUGAAUGCUGUGCUUCAUUAUAGGGAAAUUUCAGAUUAAAUCCUACUUUGUCAAAUUAAAAAAAACGGAUCAACAACAUUUUCUGUUUAAAACUCAUACUUUUGUAACACUUCCAAAUAUACAUCAUGGCUAUAUAGAAUGGCAUCACUUGUAAUAAAGGAGAGAAGACCUACUAUA